GUGCCAGCUUCCAUUUUGUGGCGCAGUCAGCGACCGAACUACCCAGUCGGGAGUUAGACGCCGUUGGGGAAGGUUCGAGGUAGUUGAUCGCCGAGUGUCGAUUGGCAUCUGUCCUACUUCGAUCAAGAACGACCGAUCAGAAAAAUACAGGUUCGUGCAGGUUUUGCAGCUGUUUGGAGACUGCGAGGGGGGGGGCUGAGGAAGGGAUGAAGCGUGAGGAAGGAAUAUCCAAUUAGCGGGUCAACGGGGAGGGUCGUUUUUUUGACCUCUUGCAGGUGUCGGAAGAAGGAAAUGGGGGUUUGCGUUUGAACGGUGGCUGGGCGCGUCCAUAUUUAGUUAGGCCGCGGGGAGCGCAGGCGGUGCCGCUGCUGAAAAGUCUAAACGAGGGUUGCGGGUGCGGCGGGCUUCCGCCGCCAUUUUGUGGAAGAAAUGGCGUCUGGCGAAAAGCUCGGGCCUGCGGUAGAGCGCAUGCGCGGGUCGGUCGCUCCGGAGCCUCGCGGGGCUGGUCGUCGGCACUAUGUCAUAAAAGGAGAAACGGAUGCGUCGUUCUCUGAUUGGCUUUGGGGAAAGGCGGUGCUUGGACGCGAAUUCCGACUGGAGCAGCAGGCGUGGAGGCGGGGCUUGUUUGGCGCUCUGCCUGCCUUGAUGUCAGAUUGCGGCAGCGAAAGGCGGAGCCGGUACUGCGGCACAGUCCAAAGGGGAGGGCGAUGCCAGCAGCUGCUGACCUAUUUUUGUGGCAGCCAUCUUGCUUCGGCAUCUCUGUUCCUGGUUUCCUGCUUAACGCAUUGUUUUUUUAUCUACAGCUGAUUCAUCUUUAGAUACACCAUGAGUGGUUGUCGUGUUUUCAUCGGACGGCUCAAUCCAGCCGCCAGAGAGAAGGAUGUUGAAAGAUUUUUCAAGGGAUAUGGACGCAUCAGAGACAUCGACUUGAAAAGAGGCUUUGGAUUUGUCGUAAGUGGAAAUAAGCCGUUCAUGUACAACUAGGAUUUCAGUGGAUAAAUGUCUCUCCCCCUUUUUUGGGGGGGGGGGGAGGAUCUGCCAGUGGAAAAAUACUGCAUCCAAUUGUAUUUUUAAUGAAAUAGAAGCAAUGUUUUCUAAAUAAAAAUAGUUUGGUUUAAUGUAAAGGUCAAAUGUGACUUAAGGAUUUGGGGGAAAGUGUAAAAAAAAUGUUAUUGGUGUUUAAAAUGUCAUUCUAAUUUGUUACAUUAAUUGAAUACAAAGCCAGAACUCAGCAGAUCCUAUUUUUAACAGGAGUUUGAAGAUCCAAGAGAUGCUGAUGAUGCAGUCUAUGAAUUGGAUGGAAAAGAGCUCUGCAGUGAAAGGUAGAUCAUAGUAUCUUAACAUGUCUUCCCCAGGUACUGUAGUUUUCUGAUCUGAGUGAUUAUGAACGCCUGAGCAAUGAAAUAAAUUGGUGGUUUGGUCUGUCUUUCUAGGGUUACAAUUGAACAUGCAAGGGCCCGUUCUAGAGGUGGAAGAGGCAGAGGUCGAUACUCUGACCGUUUUAGUAGCCGCCGUCCACGAAAUGAUAGAAGGUAUCAUGUACACAUACAUAGCUAGAACUAAGCAUGGUCUAGAGGACCUGACAGACACUUAAUUCAUUUUUUAUUAGAUGUUGCUACUGAACUAAACAUUUUGUUUUUUCCAGAAAUGCUCCACCUGUAAGGACAGAGAAUCGUCUCAUUGUAGAAAACUUAUCAUCCAGAGUCAGCUGGCAGGUUUGUUGAAACAUGAUUAUCUCUUAGACAUCAAUUAAUGGGUAUGUAAUAUGUAAUAUGUAAAUUGUUUUUUAUUAGAACUAAUUUUUAUCUUAAUUUUAAAACAUUAUCAGAAUUAUUAAUAUUUAAUGCUUAAAUACAUUUUCAAAAGUAGAUUAAUGGUAGAGUUUUUAAUGUAAUUUUACCUUGUUUUCAAAAUCCAUUUUAACCACUUUAAAAAUCCAUUUUAUUUGCCAGCCUAUCUGUGUCGUUGGCCUUAUGACGAGGAGUGCCUGUGGGUUAUCCUAAUCGUUCUGUCUUGGUCACUCUUGGUUGGGCCUGGUUGACUUAUCCAGUCAGCUCCUCCAGUGUAUCAGUUGGCCACCUCUAGAUCUGUGUUUGCUGGUCUAGACGUAAUCGAUGCACUUCCUUAAAGUGCCGGGUUGCAGCGAUCCCCGAAAGUUAAAGAGCUCUGAGUCCUAAGUUGAGAACUGUACCUCCUGUAACGCUUCGAAAAUAAGAUGAUGAUGAUCCGAGAGAGUUGAAAAGAGAUACGCAUUAGGUGGUCGUUGGAAUCCUGAUCGCAGUAAAGUGGUCCUUGGUGUAACUUCACAAGAUUAGAGAAUGUCUGGAUCCGCCAGUAGUCUGCUAAUAGGGAGGGCUGUGCGAUUAAAGGCUUCCUUCGACUGGGUAGUGUUCUUCACAUGGUUGGCGAAGAGCCAGUCGGGCAUAUAUCAUGACGGUAUCUUCGAUCGCUUAAUGCAGUUUGCUGCUUGGCUAGCCUAGGGAAAUUUUAAUGAAGGUAAAGUAAACUAUAUUUUUAAUGACAUAUGGGGCACAAAAUAACUGGUGUUUUUGUAAAUGUACUGUUUAAUCAUAAAACAUUUCAGAAUGCUUUUCUGCAAAUAAACUGUUAUGCAUUCUGUUCAGUAAACUGUAUAGACAAGUAACUUAAAUGUUAAAAGUUGUUGAGCAUUUUGCUUAAAGCAAUUUGCUGUUUUCAUUUAUUUCGUGCCCUGAUGUAUUCUAUCAAAUGUAGUAUUAUCUACAAUUGUGGCAUCUGCCACAUUGUAAUUCUUAACACCUUUUCUUACAGUAGUAUUUUUUAAAAUAUUAUUCAUGAGUAUUGUUUACUGCUAUGUCUUAACGUGUUUGAUCUUGUGUUAGGAUCUCAAAGACUUCAUGAGACAAGCUGGGGAAGUAACCUUUGCAGAUGCACAUAGGCCCAAGUUAAAUGAAGGGUAGGUAUCGUGCAGUAAUAGUGAUUGAGGUAUGGCGUAAUUAUAGUUAUACUGUAAUAAUGUAUACUGUCCUUUCCUGCCUGGUGUCCUCUAGAUGUUGUAGUCACGAAACAUUUGGAGGACACCAGGUUGGCAAAGGUUGAUGUAUAGUGUUGGAGAAAGGUCUCUAUUAGGAGAAAUAGUAAAAAGACUAGUAAAAUGUGCUUUUUUCUUAAGCUUAUUUUAUUCACUAAUUUGUAUGUCCUCUUUUAUACUACUAGGGUGGUUGAAUUUGCCUCUUACAGUGAUUUAAAGAAUGCUAUUGAAAAGCUUUCUGGCAAAGAAAUAAAUGGAAGGAAAAUAAAACUAAUUGAAGGCAGCAAAAGGCACAGGUAAGAAUUUUAAUUUAUAAAUGUUUGCAUAUUGACAUGUUUGAGAUCUCUCCACAGAGAAGAACCUAAAAUGAAUAUUUUAUUCCAUUACAGUAGGUCCAGAAGCAGGUCCAGGUCUCGUAGUAGGAGUUCCUCAAGGUCUCGUAGCCGUUCUCGCUCCAGGAGCCGCAAGUCUUACACCAGAUCUAGGAGCAGGAGCCGUAGCAAGUCACGCUCAGUUAGUAGGUCUCCUGCCCCUGAAAAGAGCCAAAAACGUGCUUCCUCAAGUAGAUCAAAGUCUCCAGCUUCUGUGGAUCGCCAGAGAUCACGCUCAAGGUCAAGAUCUGUUGACAGUGGCAACUGAACAAAUAGUUUGCCCUGGGGACUUUUAAAUCAUACUUGCUAUUAGUUGUGGUAAGUAUGUGACUCCUGGGAAAGAGGAACUGAACGGGGGGGGGGGGGGGGUUAACAGCUUUGUAUAUGUGGACCACACAAGUUACUGAAUUAAUUGUAUUGUCUUUUUGAUAAUCCUUUUCCUGCUCACUUCAUUAAGUCAGAAGUGCAUAGCUUUAUGUAUAUUGCUAGAGCUCUUUGAAGAAAACUUUUUUUGUAUUUAAAGAGAACCCUACUUUUGAACAUUUUUAGUUAUCGGUGUACUCCAGUAUAUGACACUUCAGGUGUUGAAAACGUUUUAUUGGCAGUAGAGCUCUACACCAGCUGUAAAUAAAGCUUUAUUUCAGAUUUUCCAUGCUUCCUUAGUGUUCCUGCAUUGGCUUGGUCUCCAUUAUUAAUUAAAUAAAAUGCUACUAAAGUUGUGUGUUUUCUUUGAAAAAAGUAGUUAGCAUAAGGUUGGUUUAUAUAUACACAAUACUUUACAACUACUGAGCAGGGAAUGUAAGGGCGAGCUUUUCAGAAGAACAAAUCAUAAUCUCUGCAUGACUAGGCACUCCAUUUGAGGGGGGUUUUGAGCACAAGGGGAGCUGGAACUAGAACAUAGGUGGUAAAUCCCUACAUUGCAGAAAAACUGCACUGGCAGUAUAAGAUAGUAUGCUUUUUCAUUUGUCUGUCUUGCCUGACUUAAUAAAGUCCAGUUUUACAUUGCCCAAAGGCAACCCGUUCCCAAUUUUAUUUAUUUAUUUAUUUUGCUGCAGCAUCUGCCUUUCCAAAGUAGACAUUAGUUUUCACUCACUACAUUCGACCCAUUUUAGUUAA